CAUUCCGCUUGCUCAAAUAGCGUUAUUUUAGCGAUCACGGGGACCGUGAUUCCCGUGGCCCAUAGUUAUUCCGCUUGGAUUGGCUUACGGCAAAAGAAUUGGCCUAAAGACAAAAAGUGGACAUGGACUGAUGGAACGCCGGUGGAUUAUCUGAACUGGGCUCCUGGUGAACCUAAUGACUAUGAGAAUUCAGAGCACUGCGUACAGGUAUUGUUUUAUUCAUAUCAGCGAUGGAAUCAUCACUCGAAAGUAAUCUUCCCUAGAGAACAGGAGUUCGGAUAG